AUGGAACAGGUUUAUGCAGGUUUGAAAAUGGAACUUGAACUUGAAUGUUUGUCCAUUUCUUUCUUGUUGAUAUAUGAAGACUUUGUUUGUGGAUCUUUAUUUGAAAUAUACGAAACUAGAUGUCAACGAAGUCCAGUGCCUUUAGCCAUACCCGUUUCGUAUGGUGGCUUCCAGGGUGGAAUCGGAACAAGUUGGUCAGUAAUCGGUAAAGGAGGUGAAACUAUCAAAAAUAUGCAAGCCAGGACUAGGGCUCAGGUGAUACCUCUGCAUCUGCCCCCUGGCAAUACAUCAACAGAAUGGACGGUACAGAUAGAUGGGUCUAGUGAACAGAUUGAAAGCGCAAAACAAUUGUUUAUGGGGAAAGAAAUAUACGAACAUGUGGAGGCUGAUGAAGUCAGAGCAGAAUGGGCGAUUGGUAUUGUUCCUACUUCCUUGGGUACUUUAACUUCCCUUCGGUCACUGUACCUUCGCAAAAAUAAUCUCAAUGGAACAAUUCCAAUAUCAUUAAAGAAUUGUUCAGAGUUGCUAGUGCUUGAUAUUGGGGAAAAUGAGCUUGCCGGAAAUGUUGCAUCAUGGAUUGGAGAAGGAUUUUCGAAACUGAUGAUUCUCAAUCUUCGUUCAAAUAAGUUUGAUGGCGUUUUACCCGUGGAACUUUGCCAUUUAGCUUCUUUACAAAUCUUAGACCUUGCUUACAACAAUCUCUCCGGAGCAAUACCAAGAUGUAUCGAUAAUUUUAGUGCCAUGGUGACAAUGAACCCUUCAGGAAACAAGAUAGAAUAUGUGUAUCAACCGCAUACAUCCUAUUUAAAUUUAUCUAUACAGAUGUUUCUUGAGGAUGCUUUAGUUGUUGGGAAAGGGAAAAUGGCUGAAUAUAACACCAUUCUUAAUUUGGUGAGAAGUAUAGACCUUUCAAAAAACAAUUUAUCAGGAGAGAUUCCAAAUGGAAGUGACAAAUCUUGA